CAGCAAACUUGGAUCUAUUACAUCAAGAUCAAUGGGUUAGGUAACCUAAACUAUUGAUGUUGGUGUAUCUUAGCUACAUGGUCAUUGUAAUUUGUUCGAAUGAAAGGUACUCGAGUUACAUUGUCUAAACAGUACUUGUGCCAAUGACAUUUCAUACUACGCAGUUUUUGGUACAGGUGGCACAAUUCGGAUUACUUAAUAUAGACUACUGUUGGUUGUUGGUUAAGUGCUGAAGUCAGUGGACAUUGAGAAGUUGGAGACUCCGUCUGAACUACCGUACACUUCGUCAAGGAGUAGCAGCUUAGUAAGUCACUCAUGGGGAAUUUUCCAGGCCAUGCCAUCCCAGGCAGCUUCUUCCUCUUCUUUGGCCUGUGGUGGACCAUCAGGUAUUCCGUCAUGUGGGCUCGUCGGAUGGGAGGCCGGAAUACAGGCUCUGCUGCUGAGGUGUGUUGCAACAACGGUCCAGGUCGGUUCUUGAAGAGAGUUCCUGUGGAGGGACUGUGCAAAACUAUGUUUGGAAUAGCAGGAAUAGUGGAGGAACAACUUGUGGCACACUGGACACUCAUUGACCCAAGAACGCAACAGUUCCACGAGUUAGACAUCUGGCAACACAACACCAUGUAUCUCUUCUUUGCCCUCAACGGAAUCUUCGAUAUUCUGAUUGCCAUGAGAGCACCUGUGCCGAGUGGAAUAGACUACGUCUCCUUGUCUCUGGCGUACUCAGUUGAAGGACUGUUGUUCUUCUACCACCUGCACGGCCGCAUAGGCCUGGACGUCCGUCUGCACAGGCUGUUAGUGCUGGCGGCCGGUCUGUGUGCGGCUGUGAGCGGUCUGGAGGCCUGGAAGCCUGGCACGUUACUACUACCCAUGGUCAGGACAGCAUGUACUCUUCUACAGGGCACCUGGUUCUGGCAGGUUGGGUGGAUUUUGUAUCCUCCCUUUCCUGGCCAUGAGUGGGACCUGGAGAGCCAUGAAAACAUGAUGUUUGUCUCCAUGGCUUUCUGUUGGCACAUACUGGGCAUCCUGCUCUUCAUGUCUGUUGUCUACACAGUGGUUUAUCACAUCUACCAAGCCAAGGAGAAGCAGAGAGGUACCGAGCUGGAGCUGGGACCGCUGUCUUCUCACAUGUUACAGGCACACUCCGACUCUGAACUGGACUAACAGAUGUGUUUACAGGUUCAGUUACUUGAUAUGAUAGAUAACUACAAAUGAAGAUCAAAGAAGAACCCUUAAAUGGC